GCUUGAACUCCCGCUCCUACCAGGGCCCCCGCCCCUGGCCCCCCGGGACGGACACGCCCUGAGUGGAGGAUGCUGCGCUGGAGCCGCCGGCCUCUUAAAGGAGCCCGCUGCUGCCAUGGGCGCUCUCCAGGCUUGUCCCUGGCCCGCCUGGGCCCCACGCCUCCCUGCUGGCUGUUUCUUGUGGAAGUCCCACCUUGGGCCUUAUGCUAAUUCCGUAGGAACCCCCUGUGAGCAGUCUUACAGACUCCUUCCUACACCCUGAGAGAGCAGCCCCUCAGAUGGGAUCCCCAGCGCUCUGGCAUUGCUCCCCUGUCAUACUGAUCUUGCCAGCUCUCUUUCCCCUAAUUGUCACUACUCCAACUUCACCCAAUUGGAAUUCGCUCAGCUCUAGGCCCACUCCUCCUCCAGUGUUCCUGCAUGACCCCUCAUUGUCAUUCCAAGAUUCCUCUGGACCUCCAAUCCUGGCUCAGAGCAAGACAUCUCUUCCUUGACCCAUUCUCAAAACACUCAUUAAAAUCACUUUUUUUGGUGAUCUCUGUCUCUCUUUCCAAGGUCACAAGAUUUCCCCUAUAUCUUUCAGCCCAGUGGUUGCGUUACUUUGAGGAGGGGAGAAUGGGGCUCUGGGACCCAAAAAUACAUGUCUGCUCUGCACCCAGAUUAGUCAGUUGAUUAGUCUUAGGAGACCAGACUCCUUUCUUGCUCUCUUCAGCAGAGGGACCCAAGACUCACGGCAGAGUGAAUGAAUGACACUAUCAGGUGCUUUAGUCCUUCUAAUCUUGUCGUCCCACUACGGCCUGAUUCUCAGGCCCUGAUUCCCUAGGCAGUUAAAGAGAGAAUCACUAGGGCCAUUCUAACAAGCCUUUAGAAGAGAAGCAAAACCUGAAGGGAGGUGAAGGACAACCUAGGAAACGGAAGCAGGUUCUGUGACACGGAGGCCCAAGGGCUAAGAGCUUAGGAUGGGAGUUGAGGAGGAACUGUUUAAGUUAGGCACGGACCUACAAUGACCCCAGCGCCCUGCUGGGACAUAACAGUCCCCUCCCACGUCUAGGUGAGUUCCAUCCUCCCAGACCACAAGGAGCCAGGAUCCGACAGCGCCUCCCCGGACCAAUCACAACCUUCCCUUAAGAAAGAGGCGUGGCCAAGGAGGCGGCUUCUUCCUUGUCCCCGCUCCUUGAGGCGAAGUAACCAAUCUCAUUGCGCCAGGAGAAAGACGCAAUCGGAGUAACCAAUUACACUGCGAAGCUUCUCGUGCGUGUUGACACUGCCCCUCCAGCUGCGACAAAGAUGAGCAAAUGCUGGCCGCCAACCCGGGCAAGACCCCGAUCAGCCUUCUGCAGGAGUAUGGGACCAGAAUAGGGAAGACGCCCGUGUACGACCUUCUCAAAGCCGAGGGCCAAGCCCACCAGCCUAAUUUCACCUUCCGGGUCACCGUUGGCGACACCAGCUGCACUGGUCAGGGCCCCAGCAAGAAGGCAGCCAAGCACAAGGCAGCUGAGGUGGCCCUCAAACACCUCAAAGGGGGGAGCAUGCUGGAACCGGCCCUGGAGGACAGCAGUUCUUUUUCUCCCCUAGACUCUUCACUGCCUGAGGACGUUCCAGUUUUUACUGCUGUAGCAGCUGCUACUCCUGUUCCAUCUGCUGUCCUAACCAGGAACCCCCCCAUGGAGAUGCAGCCCCCUGUCUCUCCCCAACAGUCUGAGUGCAACCCCGUUGGUGCUCUGCAGGAGCUGGUGGUGCAGAAAGGCUGGCGACUACCGGAGUACACAGUGACCCAGGAGUCCGGGCCAGCCCACCGCAAAGAAUUCACCAUGACCUGCCGAGUGGAGCGUUUCAUUGAGAUUGGCAGCGGCACUUCUAAAAAACUGGCAAAGCGUAACGCGGCAGCUAAAAUGCUGCUUCGAGUGCACACAGUGCCUCUGGAUGCCCGGGAUGGCAACGAAGCAGAGCCUGAUGAUGACCACUUCUCCAUCGGUGUGGGCUCCCGCCUGGAUGGACUACGGAAUCGGGGCCCGGGCUGCACUUGGGAUUCUCUGCGAAAUUCAGUGGGAGAGAAGAUCUUGUCCCUCCGCAGUUGUUCCCUGGGCUCCCUGGGUGCUCUGGGCCCUGCGUGCUGCAGCGUCCUCAGUGAGCUCUCUGAGGAGCAAGCCUUCCACGUCAGCUACCUGGAUAUUGAAGAGCUGAGCCUGAGUGGGCUCUGCCAGUGCCUGGUGGAACUAUCCACACAGCCAGCCACCGUUUGUCAUGGUUCUGCAACCACCAGGGAGGCAGCCCGUGGUGAGGCUGCGCGCCGUGCCCUGCAGUACCUCAAGAUCAUGGCGGGCAGCAAGUAAAGCCCCAGCUGGACUUAUGGAUGCGCACCCUUUGCUCCCUGCUCUUCCUCGGGGCCCAUGCAUCUGCCCAGCUCUGGUACCCACUGGAGGUGCCAUCUCUACCUCUGACAGACUGCCUGCCUUGAGGCUGAGGAAGGCAAAGGGCGAAGAGCCAGGGACCACAGGGCCUCAGCCAGCCCAGGAUCCAUCCUCAUUUUGUUGCUGAUGAUGAGUGGGAAUGAAAUUGCAGGUUCUCUGCUAGAGCCCAGAAUAAACAUGCUGCUCCUUGGAUUCUUAAA